AUGAAUUUUAAUGACAAUGUUGUUCAUCACCCCCUUGGUGGGGGCUCAUACUAUUUCAAAGAGAGUCUCAUCAAGUAUCUUAGCGACCAAUGUCCCCAGCAGGAAAUCGCAGUUCAUGUUGGGUCGCAGCCCAACUCCAGCCCGCACAUCGGAAAUGUUACAACCUUCGCAGUAGGAUUUGCCCUUGCUGCCGCCCUCAAGAAAGUUUGCUCUCGUGAGGUUCGAGUCAAAUUCAUCUAUGUCGAUAGUGCUCCAGCACCCGGUCAAGAACCUGUUAUAAACGGGGUUAAAUACCAGAAAAGCCUUACACAUACUGGGGACUUUCGCAGCAACCAGAAGCCGUUCGAACGCAUGAUUGAUAAAUUAUCCGAUCUUUCUGGUGUCCCCUGCGAUAUCGAUACACAGAGGUUCUGGCGAACGAAUCCAAUUUUUCCAGUAGUGCUUCGGGACCUCAUAUCCCAGCAUCAAACACUAGGCCCCCACCUGUCGCCCCGCACGGGGAAGCUGGCUAUAAGGGCGCCAUGUCCCCACGACGGGUGCGGCUUGGCGGAUAAACAUGGCGUCAACAACCGAUACGAGAUCGAGGGACGCAUUGUAUUUUUGUGUCCAGAUCAUGGCGAGCAUUACAUCGAUCUAGAUUCACCUACCGACAUAGACCGAUUGGAGUUUAAUACACCACUUCGAAACCUCAUACGGAUAAGAAUAGCCGGCAGUGAUAUGAAGCGAUCGUGGAUUAUGUGCACCGGGUCUGACUAUGCUGGCUUUUACCAAGAGCAAUUCACAUGGCGGCUUCUGCCGUGUCCAAAGGAGGCGCCAAUUAUCUUUUAUGCUCCUCAAAUCCUGGACUGGUCCGGAGCCAAGCUUUCAAAGAGCUUAUAUGUCAAGCAAGAUGCUUACAAGUACGUAUGCGAAGCUGAUCGUCAGUACCUGCUGAACGUGGAGCUAUUGUUGAGAUUUGAAGGUGGAUUGGAAGCUCUUUAUUUGGAAGUGCAUGAAUGGGUGGAAAAGCCGUUCAUGCUUUUCAGGAACUAUACCAUCGCUUAUAUUGAUCAACAACUGGCCGUACGAGGAAUGGGCCUGCACGAAUUGGCUAAGUAG